AUGCCCCCUGACAUAGGUCCCAAACUCCUUUUCGCCAGCAUUGCUGGUGUGGCUUGUAUUGCCAUUGGACUCUCCAGACUCCUGCCAAAGUCCAACAAGACCGACGAGAGCCCCAGUCUCGUCCGGUCCAUCUUUCUCUUCUGCUAUUCUUGCUUCCUCAAGCCGCACAAGGGUGACGGCAAAGGAACUCAGCAAGAUGCCCUCGAGUCUUUCUACAAGGCGCAAGCCGGCGUGUAUGACAGCACGCGGAAGACUCUUCUCAGAGGCCGUGAGGACAUGCUGGCACUAGUUGCUGCCCAGCUGAAGUCCAGGGCCCAGAACGGGGGCAGGAGAAAGGGGAAGAAGACAGUCUGGGUUGAUGUGGGUGGAGGUACUGGUUGGAACAUUGAGGCAAUGUCCGAAUUUGUCAACGUUCCUGAGUUCUUCUCCAGCGUCUACCUUGUUGACUUCUCUCCUUCCCUUUGUGAAGUGGCCCGCAAGCGUUUUGCCAGACUUGGUUGGCAGAAUGUCAAGGUCAUUUGCGAAGAUGCGAGGAAGUUUCGUCUUGAAGAUUAUGAAAAUGAUCUCCAGAGCUUGCAGACUCCUCCCCUGACACCCAGAAACUACUUUGAUCAAAGACGGCCGGAACAUGGAGGUGCCGACCUCAUUACCAUGUCUUACAGCUUGUCCAUGAUGCCCGACUUCUUCUCUAUCAUCGAUUCUCUCUCUUCACUUCUAUCACCAAACGGUGUUAUUGGUGUUGUUGACUUUUAUGUCCAAUCAAAGGUUGAUGUGAGUUUUCGCAACCACACGGGCGGUCUCGUUGGGCGUCAUGUCAAUUUCUUCACCCGCACAUUUUGGCGUGCGUGGUUCGAGAUCGACAGAGUCAGUCUUGAGCCCAGUCGCCGGGACUAUCUCGAAUACCGUUUCGGUACGGUCCUGAAUAUCAACGACCGUAACCGCGCUCUUGGAUACAUUCCCUACUACGUUUGGCUAGGAUGCCAUAAGAAGCCCUUCUCUUCAUCCAGUCUGCCCCACGAGAUUAUCGAGCAUGUGGACGCUUUGGCAACUGAGUCACCCAGGCUACUUCCUGCGAAUGGUUCAAGUGUUUCGAAUGCUUUGAGUCGUGCAGUCCAGCGUGCGGCUCCGGAAAUUCGAUCCAAGGCAUUUGAUGCUGCUAUACAGAAUCUGUCAUCAAAUCUUCCCCUGCCUGCCUUCUUCUACCAGAACCACCAUUGGCGCAUAUACUACGAUGACCAGCUUAAAAAGCAUACUCAAUUCAACGACGAGUACAUUUAUGCGUUUACUUGGGAAGAUUCUCGUGUGGACGCCCACCUCCUGAAUCUCAAGUCGGACGAUGUGGUUUUGGCAAUUACGAGUGCCGGCGACAACAUAUUGUCUUAUGCCGCCCAAAGCCCGGCAAGAACUCAUGCCGUCGAUCUAAACCCGACCCAGAAUCAUCUCCUGGAGCUCAAGGUGGCUUCUUACAUGGCAUUGCCUUAUGAAGACUUCUGGAAGUUAUUCGGAAAAGGCAAACAUCCUGACUUCCGGUCCCUUUUGAUCUCAAAGCUGUCGCCUCACUUGUCCAGUCGCGCUUUUCAGUACUGGCUUAGCAACUCCCAUAUCUUUACGACAAAUCGCAGUCUUGGACUCUAUGACACGGGGGGCUCGAAGCAUGCAAUUCGCAUCUUCCGGUGGAUAUCCUAUAUUUUCGGUUGCCGUGAAGCUGUCAAGGCCAUCCUUGAAGCUAAAACUCUGAACGAACAACGCGAGAUCUGGCGGAACAGGAUCCGACCUGCCCUGCUUUCCAAGCUCGUCAGCAAGCUCGUCGUCAGCCAGGAGAGUUUUUUGUGGACUGCGCUCGGCGUUCCAAAGAACCAACUGGCCAUGAUCGAGGCAGACCACGCCACCAGCGAGGCAGUGUGCGGCUCGACACCGACCGCAAAGGCGGUCCGCUCCCACGCUAUCUGGCAUUACAUGGUGAACACGCUCGACCCGAUGGUGGAAAGCACACACAUCGCCGCCGACAACCCGUACUACCAUGUUUGCCUGACAGGCAAGUUCUCGCGCAAAUGUCACCCGGAUUACCUCUCCCCGCAAGCACACGCGCGACUGUCUCGCCCAGGCGCCUUUGAUGGCCUGCGUAUUCACACCGAUGAGAUCGACGAGGUCAUUGCACGCAUGACACCCGGCACGUUAACCGUCGCCGUCGUCAUGGAUAGCAUGGACUGGUUCGACCCGGAUUCACCAGCCGCCGCGGCGCAGAUCUCCAAGCUCAAUCGCGCUCUGAAGAUGGGUGGUCGUGUGAUGCUGAGGUCGAGCGCCCUGAAGCCGUGGUAUGUCGAGACGUUCGCCGCCCAUGGGUUCCAGCCGAAGAGAGUCGGCGCCCGGAACCCCGGGGAGUGUAUCGACCGGGUCAAUAUGUACGCGAGCUGCUGGAUCUGCACCAAGGUGCAGAACUUGCCGCCGCCAACGCCGGAGAUGGAGAGAGUUGGGGGUGCUGAAAUUUCGAGCUUGUCUAUCUGA